ACUGAUAAAAGUGAAUUCUCUCACCGUUGAGUACUUAAUGUUUAUUCAACCUUUAUUGCUUGUAAAGAUUUUUGUGUUUAGACGUUACUGAUUAAACUGUUUGGAUAUUCAAAAUAUUAAUUCUACAGGAAAUAAUAAGUGAUUUGGAGGAACUAGAAGGUUUUACAUUAUGCCGGUGUAUGAAUGUAGUCGAUAUUCAGCACGCAGAGGAUUUCCUAUGGCGCAGAAUCUCCUUCGGCUAAAUCGUCAAGAUGUCCGUAGCGGAUCUAUACACGGUAUCUGCUGGUUACAUUCAGUUAAAUUAGUUCGAUAAAUUUCCGAGAAACAAUCGUGUUCUUGUUAGUCUUCUUGUGAGACCAGUAUCAAGUAAGGAUACGUUAUUUUUUGAUUUUGGAUUUCGGCAACACUUACUCGAAUCAUAAUUCCUUGGCAUCUCAUAACAACCUAUCUGUUUGAAAUAAGAGGUAUUUUUAAAAUAAAAAAAAUCCAUAUAGUUUAUCAAUGGAAGACUCGAGCAGUGACAGUGAUAAAAAUACAUCUUUGUAAUAAAAUGACAGUUUGAUUUUCUGUUAUUCUCUGUCAAAAUUUGGAAUUAAUUUUUCAGUGGGAUGUUUCUCGAUUCGGGAUGUUGGGAAUUGAUAAGGAAAAAUUCGUACAUUCCAUAUCGAUAUUUAUUCGGUUGGAUUUGUUUCGAAAAUUCCGGUAGAUUUUACAAAUAAAUUAUUGUACAGUGUUCUUCGUACCUAUAAAAACGAGUAUAAAAAGAGUGAGUUCAGGCGAAGAUUAUUUAGGAGUGAAAAAAAUACGUUGGCAGAUCUGGCAAUGAUGCUCACCACCAAAAGAGUGUUGUUCUCUCGGAUGCUGCUAUUUAUAUUUACAGAUGGGAUCUCCCGUUUCCGAAAUGAUCACAUUCCUAGUUUGGAGCUAUUGGUAUCUAUGGGCUGCAGUCCUUAUUGCUUUGAUCAUCGCUGCAGGCUGUGGAUGUUGGCUAUGGAGACGCUGUAGAAGAAAUCCCGCAGAAGAAAGACAUCCGUCAGAUAUGGCCUCUGCAGGAUCACGUUACCCACCUCCACAUUACAGCCGAUGCAGUUCCUUCUUGCAGACACUUCCGCCCCCUUAUAACGAGGUCACAGCCAAACCUGACCUUUAUCCUUUGGUCAUCGGCUACGACGAAGGAGUUGGCAAAAGAACAUCCGGCUUUGUCAUGCGUUACUUCCGCUCACUGUCUCACGCAAGCACCCUGGACUCUUUGAGCUCCAGUUUCAUGUGCAACGUCGUCAACGAGGCUAACACAAUAAUACCUCCACCAUAUUCCUGCAACAACAGUGUAGAUGAGCUUUCUGAAAGGCCUGAAAAUUUAAAUGACGGUUCAAUAGCAUCUUUAACGAAUCACAGAACGACCUCAGAUAUUUCCAGUCUCGCUGCACAGUCGCCAUGCUCUCCACCAAGAGCUACAAGUCCCACGAUAGAGCUACGUGAACUACUGGACAAAAUCCAACAGUUUCCUCAGAACAGACUACAAGUACUCUAUUCGUUAAAUAGUAACACUCCAAGUCAGCAGCCCUUAAGUCCUGAAGAGCCAUCCUUCAGGAGCCGAAGGACACGUGGUAAGAUGUACAUGCCUCUUGGCUUGCCAAUUUCAUCAAGAAACAAGCCAAAGAGGUGGUUGUCCAGGUCGGCACCAACAACUCCAUCAGGAACAACUACACCACCGACUCUAUUACCAGGACAGAGUCGAAGACCUUCUGAGACCGAUGCUUGUAAUCAGCAAGUGGUGCCAUUGUUAUCAGAGCAGGAUGAGACGGAGAAUGCGUGUCCUUUGUUAUCAGAGCACGACGAGGAAGCACAUACAUGACGCGAUGAAUAAAGUGGACUUUUUGUUUUGGAUGGUAAUAAGAGAGUAUCCAAUCUUAGAGUGAUCAAAGUACUCCAGGAUCGUUAAGUCCUUAGUCGGCUAGAUCAUAACCAGGAUGUGGAGUGAUUGAUUCUCUUUUUUUUCCAAUUCUUCAUGAUUGGGAUCCUGACUUAAGGACGUGAAACUUAUGAAUGGAUAUAAUAUAGAUCGACCUAUGUGCGUUUUGUGACUCAGUCAUCCGAUAAGCAAGAUCAACAUAGUGAAGAUUGUCAGGAAUUAAGGAUGACGAGUAUUGUCUAUUGAUAAUAUGAUAAUGUAUGUUACGCGAAGAUACCUGUAAACAAUACUCAAUACUUUAAUCCAGGUAUACACACGUCAGCCAGAUCGAAUUUGUUCAUUUACUGAACACGUCGGUGCAUCUGUCGCUCUUAAGAAUGAUAAGGAUUGUUCUAAAGAAAUUGACAAAAUGUCGGUUGUACACAAAAAUUUGUACAAUGCACAAGAUAUAACGCAGAAUCGUAUCCUAGUAUUAGUUACAUAUAUUACACCAUAGUACACUUAUAGAACGUACAGUAUCUAUGCAAGAAAUAUUAGGCCUAUAAUGCAAUAAUACAGAAGAUAGUUUACUAUAGAAUUCUUAAGGUCAUUAUAAAGACGGUAAUUAACUUCUGCGUUAUAAUUAAUGUGAAUUACACAAAUCUUUGCGUUCAGGCCUAUCAAAGUGCUCUGUCUAACUAUUAAUUUUGUCACGCAGGCGUACAGCAAAGCUACUUGCAAUUUCCAUUGUCAUAAUGGAGCUUCUUUUUCUUCUGACUGAGUCUCUCUCUUUGCUAUCUUAUGAUGUAGUUCGAGUACAAGCGCAGAGAGGUAGUAAUAUUUCAAAGUGUAUGACGCGUGCCCAUUCGUGACUGAAAAUUUAGAUUCGAUAUUCGGAUUAAGAAUUUAUCACCUUAAGACUUUAAUAGUGGGUAAGAUAUUAAAACUUUCGUACCCAAAUUAAAAUAAUUGUAAAAAAUUCAUGGUUGGUAUAUUACUCAAAAUUCGUUAUAAAGAGUUACUCAAAUUUAUUUGUGCUACGUUAUUAGAUCGCGUGACAGGAGAAAAGUUUAAUAUGUAUUGAAAGUCUGAUCAAUGUGAAUUCAUCGAAUUGGCUUCGCCGUGAUUAUUUCCAUUACAGCAAUACGAUAUCCCUCCAAACAGCCACCCAGAGAAAAGAUAAACAAUCAUGCUAAUAUGUUUAAGACAAUAUACAAUUAAGAAUUCGUUCUCUGUAUGAUAAGAACGAGUGAAAUAAGUAGUGCAGCUAUUACCAUUCAUCGUAUAUAAGCGAGUGACAUCCAUUUUAAUAAUUUCCACAAAAAUAUAUUAAUUUCCUAAUUUUCACUGAUAAAUAUUCAUAAAAUAGAAAUCUAUAAUUAUUUAUUCGUUUAUCUAUCGCUAGCGUUUAUCUUCUUGCAACCUACAAUUCUUGAGGAAUUGACAUAAUAACAUAUUCUGAUCUUAAGAAUAUAUGUAGAUUUCUUCUUGUUGACAUAACAACUUUGUGAAAACCAAUAUUACUUUAUUUAUGAAAAAUCCACUUGUUAGCUCUUGUGGAAACUUAAUUGGACACUGCGCACGAAGCUAAUUAAUUAACAAAUGUACAAUAACAAAUGAAACGAAUCUGAGUAUAGCGUGCACAAGAUUUACUGGUAUAAUAUUCCCAGACUGUUUGUAAGUGUAUGAUUGUAUCGAUAAUUAUGGAUCACUUUAAAGGAUUGUAUGCUCUAAUUAGUGAAAUUCGUCAAUCGGAUUCCGUCGACAGUAUCAGUAUAAUGAAUUGUUACGUUUUUCGGGUAGCAAUUAAGGCCUUACUUAUGUUAGAGAAUCGAUACUCAAAAAUUGUCAUAUAAACGUAUCAUUAUAUAGUUAGUCACUAUGUGUAUAAUGUCGUACUAAAAUUGGUACUGUAGUAUCAUUAUUCACGUAUACACCAUAUAUCGACAUGUAUUUUUUUAUGGAGUCUAAUAUGUGAGUAAAUCGAAGCUUUUAUCAGACGAUUAUGCAUCCAA